AUAGUCUUGUUUUUUAGUUUAAUAACCGAUUCUGUUCAGAAGAUCCUGGGUCUGAGAACUCUCUUGUCGAAUCUCAAAUGUAUCUAAGUUAAGUUAGCGAUGUUAGCGAAAGAGUUAUCACCAGGGUAUCAUAUCGUACUCAAUCGGGUAGAUCUUAUACAAAGGGCUAUUUUAUCUCAUUUAUUAGCCUAGUCUUGCAAGAGAGAUACAAACAAUAAAUUACACUGAAUAGAUAAACUUGGAGUUGUAGUUGUUUUACCGUCGGAUCGUUGGAUGAAUGUUUACUGAGCCUUCUUGGUUCUGUUUUGGAAGCCUGUCUUCUUCUUGUUGACGUUUUCCACGCACGGUGACUGUUACUCAACAGUGUCAAUUCUCACUACUGACACCGACUGGAAGGGAGUGUAACAGCAUAAAUCAAGACGCGUCAGGAUCUAACUCGCACAGUACACCUGCACAAAUAAGUUACCAACACGGGUGUUGUAUAUUGACUAAUAAUUCAUUUGACUCUUUACUUUUGUAUGUAGUACGUUUCACACUCUGUACUUUUGUUUUUACUUUUAAUGAAGUACAGGAGUUUAAUCUACUGUCCGCAGUCUUUUUACACGAAUAUCUGUACUUAUACUUACGUACAGUGGGAGUACUUUUUCCAUCUCCUUUUAUGCUAUCAGAACACCGUGUUCCCAUAGCUUUGCUAAAGGGGUGAACUGAAUAACAAAAAAAUGCUAAAAAAUAUAUACUUUACUUGCAUGUAUUUUUUUUCAGAUUAGACAGAGAAUUUAUGAAAGCAAGAACCUGGUGGGUUUUUUUUUUUAGGCUGGCACAAGACACAAGGCAUUCGCCACGAGUCAUUCUUGAAACCGACAAGAUCAAACAAUUCUCUUAAAUAAGGCCAUAGCUGGGGAAUAUCUCGCUUCUCCAAAUCUGUUGCAUCAUCGUUGUUAAGACUCCAUAGUUCCUGUUCCUCCAUGCAGCUGCUGUCCCUAUUUUCGCAAUCUUGAUCUCAGUCAAUCAAGAUGUCAAUCGCGGUUGGCUUUAGCUCUCUAUUUACCUCUUUUUUUUUUUGUACAUCAUUACUUCCCAACACUGCAAAUAGUAGACUAUUACACUGACUAAUUUUGUGGGGCAAAUAUGUUAUUUAAUAUAGCCGCCUGUUUUCAGAGUAUAAAUGCAUCAAUUUCGGAGCCUCUAUUUAAGCACACUGGAAAAAGUCUUCAGCAGAGUAUCUACAAGAUUGAAGAGCACAGAAAGAAGACCUUCGGCUCCGUUGGGUUCAAGAAUUCUCACCAAUCCUGAUGACGUCUUUAAGCACAAUAUGUGGGAUCAUGUGCAGUGGACAGACGAGGACAAAGAAAACGCACUGUUAAAAGCUGUUGAAAACUCCAAGGUGCACAUUCCGUUAAGGGAACAAGGCAAAUUUGAUACAGAAGCUUGCCACUACUGGGAUAAGUUUUAUGAGCAACACAAGGAUAAAUUCUUCAAAGAUCGCAAGUGGCUGCUUCUGGAAUUCCCAGAACUGCUUCCGUCAGAUUCAAAAAGCCAAGCCGGAAAUAGCGAGAGCAGCUUCAACGGGGAGAUGGAUUGCAGACGUCAGCAACAGAGCAGCUACACGCUCUUUGACUGUACCUCAAGACAUCAGCACCCAUGUCAAGAUGCAGAACUGGAAACAAAUGAAGCAGCCAUGUGGGUUUCUGACCCUGGACAAGACGCCUCUUUCAGGAUAUUGGAGGUUGGGUGUGGAGUUGGCAACAGUGUAUUUCCUAUUAUUAAUAACAUCAAGGGAAACGAUGCAUUUUUAUACUGUUGUGACUUCUCUCCAUGUGCUAUUCAACUGUUGAAGAGCCAUCCCGACUAUGACCACUCUUUGUGCCAUGCGUUUGUGCAUGAUAUUUGUGAGGAAGAGGGCUCUCUUCCCUUUCCUCCACAGAGUCUGGAUGUUAUUCUUGCAGUUUUUGUGCUCUCCUCCAUUCAUCCAGACAGGAUGCAAGGAGUUGUCAACAACCUAUCCUCCUACCUGAAAUUUGGAGGGACUUUCCUCUUUCGUGAUUAUGGGAGAUAUGACUUCUCACAACUCAGGUUUAAGAAGGGUCGGUGCUUGUCAGACAAUUUCUAUGCGCGAGGAGAUGGCACGUGCGUUUAUUUUUUUACAAAAGAUGAAGUUCGUAAUUUAUUUUCCAAUGCUGGAUUGGAAGAAGUUCAGAAUCUUGAAGAUCGACGACUUCAAGUUAACAGAGGGAAAAAAGUGUCAAUGCACCGGGUAUGGAUGCAGAGCAAGUAUAGGAAAUCAUAUCCAUUUUCACUCUGUUAACACCCCACCAUUCACCUGUUUGUGUAUGCAUGUGUACUAUUAUGUCAUUUGGAGCUUUUAUUUUUGACAUAAUCUGACACGGCGGCGGACUGGUUAGAAGAUCUCCCUCACAGUUGUGAGAACCGGGGUUCAAAUGUCGGCACCGCCUGUGUGGAGUUUGCAAGUUCUCCCCGUGCCUGCGUGUGUUUUCUCCGGGCACUCCGGUUUCCUCCCACAUCCUAAAAACAUGCAUGAAUUGGAGACUCUAAAUUGCCCGUAGGUGUUAAUGUGAGUGCGAAUGGUUGUUUGUUUAUAUGUGCCCUGCGAUUGGCUGGCGACCAGUUCAGGGUGUACCCCGCCUCUCGCCAUGAGAUAGCUGGGAUAGGCUCCAGCACGCCCGCGACCCAAGUGAGGAUAAGCGGAAUGGAAGAUGGAUGGAUAAUCUGACAGUCUGUACAGUUUUUUGUUGUUUUUUUAAAACACAUUUUGAUAUUAAACAUGCCAAAUGCAACUCUGUGGUGGUUAUUUUAUGAGUGGAUCAGUGGAAUAAAAAAAAAAAAAGCACAUUUUAAUGUAGUGUAUUAUACAUUCAAAUCCCUCUGUUAAAGAAAAAUAUACAUAUAGUAGGCGGCACGGUGGCCGACUGGUUAGCGCGUCAGCCUCACAGUUCUGAGGACCCGGGUUCAAUCCCUGGCCCCGCCUGUGUGGAGUUUGCAUGUUCUCCCCGUGCCUGCGUGGGUUUUCUCCGGGCACUCCGGUUUCCUCCCACAUCCCAAAAACAUGCAUGAAUUGGAGACUCUAAAUUGCCCGUAGGCAUGACUGUGAGUGCGAAUGGUUGUUUGUUCCUAUGUGCCCUGCGAUUGGCUGGCAACCAGUUCAGGGUGUACCCUGCCUCCUGCCCGAUGACAGCUGGGAUACGCUCCAGCACGCCCGCGACCCUAGUGAGGAGAAGCGGCUCAGAAAAUGGAUGGAUGGAUACAUAUAGUAUAUAGAAAACAAAAACAAAUGUUGGAUAGAUGUUAGUCUGCUUCCUUUGUUUAUCCAAGUUUCUAUACCACUUUUCCUCAUUAGGGUUGCAAAUAAAUUUGAGCCGAUGCCAGCUGACUUUGGGUGAGAGGCGGGUACACCGUGGACUGGUCACCAUCCCGUCACUGGGCACAUAUAGACAAACAACCAUUAACACCUACGGACAAUACAUGCUUGUUUUUGGGAUUUGGGAGGAAGCCAGAGUAUCUGGAGAAAACCCACGCAAGCGUAGGAAGAACACGCAAACUCCACACAGCAAAGCCAGAGCCAAGAUUCGAACCCCGAACCUCAGAACUGUGUGAGGCAGACACCACCAAACAAAAUAUGACCAAAAUAUUAUUAGCAUAAUUAUGAUGAUUGACUUAGGAGGAAAUCUGGUCCUAUUUAGUUGAAACACAAAGCUAUUAUUCUUUUGUAUGAAUGGCAACAGAAGGAGACACAGAUGAAUUGUACUUUCUUCCAUUUAGUGGAAGUGCAUUUAAGUGUUGUGUCUAUCACUACUGUAUAUGCCGCUAGAAUUGAUAAAUGAACGGAUACAUUAUUUGUAGGAAAUAAACAAUACUUUAUUUAAUAAUGCCUUUUCCCACGUGUUUGGGAGAUUCUGUUAUGGUCCAAUGAAACCAAGACUGAACAUUUUGGCCAUAAUUUUUUAAGCAUGGUGGCAGCCAUCAUACUUUGGAGCUGUUUUUCUUCUGCUGGAACUGGGGUUGUAAACAAGGUGGAGGGAAUUAUGAACACUUCGGAAUAGCAGUUAGAGUUAGCACAAAACCUUUAGGCUUCUGGUAUAAAACAAAAUAAAUAUCUGGAAAGGCCUACUAGAACAGCUGGGGGGUAAUCAGAGGCACGAUAAAUAGUGGCAGGUGUGUGUUGAGUCCUAUUUAACAUGAGUUUGUAUGUGACUGGUAAUUUCUGAAUACAGCCACAACCCCAUUUUUACGGGUGUACACAGUUGUGCAACCACAUUAUCUCAGUUGUUUAUUUUUAUUUCCUCUCAAAAAGAUAUAAAAAAUAGAAAUUGAGUUGUACAGGUUAUAGGUUACAUUAAUGGUGGAUAAAGUUUUGAAAUUAUUUACAGUAUCUUAGUCUCAUGACUAAUACCACAAAACCUGACAUUUUACCAGGGGUGUGUAGACUUUUUGUAUCAUGUACUAUUAGACUUGCCAAUAAAACAAAUGUAGAAAACAUGUUUUUUAUUUAUUAAUAGUUUUUUAGUGUAACCUAGUCGUUUAAUCGUUUUGCACACCACCU